UCAAAAAGUUAUGUUUAUGUUAUGUUUUAACUUUAUAUUUCUUUACUUGUUUUGUUUUUAUUAAAUCAUUUUUAUUGAUUGUUUCGGGAAAAUUAAAAACCUAUUUGUAUAUUUAAAAACUUACGUGAUAAGCAAAGGUUAUUAACUUUUAAAUUUUUACAAAUUUGAAGCAAAAGGAUAAAAUUAAUUCAAAGAAAUAUGCAAUAACUAACCCUCUGAUAAGAAGAAUUAAAUAAAGGACCUCAAGAUGAUCAUAAAUAAAGAUACCAUAAUUCAAGGAAAAAAAGUUGUUUUAGUCUCUUAUAAAGAAGAACAUGUUCCCAAAUAUCAUGAGUGGAUGAAAUCGGAAGAACUCCAGCAUUUAACCGCAUCUGAACCAUUAUCAUUAGAGGAAGAGUAUGAGAUGCAAAAGUCAUGGCAGAGAGAUGAAAACAAAUUAACCUUCAUCAUUUUACACAAGGAAAAGUUUGCUAAGACUGGAAAUGAAGUAGAUGCAAUGAUUGGUGACACAAAUCUAUUUUUUGCAACACCAGAAGACAGAAUUUGUGCGGAAGCUGAAAUAAUGAUCGCAGAACAGUGGGCGAGAGGUCAGAAAUGUGGCUGGGAAGCAACACUGUUGUUAUUUAGUUAUGCCAUAACCCAUUUGGGUGUCAAACAGUUUGUGGUAAAAAUAUCAUUUGAUAAUAUACCUAGUAUAAAUAUGUUUAAAAAUAUGGGGUUUAUUGAACUGAGCAAAAGUGAGGUCUUUCAAGAAAUGACUUUUUCUAAGGUGGUCGACGAAAUGUGGAUAAGUUGGAUAAAUAUGUCCUUAGGAGAUUUUAAUGUGGUUGAUAAAAAUAAAGUAGGUUGUAACUAAAAAUAA